AAUACUGGCAGAAUAUUUAACAUGCUUUGUCCGUCCUUCAUCAUUAAUGAUUUUUUUUUUUUUGUUCGUUUUUUUAACCGUAAUCUGUAAAGUCGCGUAUAUUUGACAAGGAAACUCAACGAGCUAUUCCCGCUUUUCUUACAAAUACCCAAUAGCAUAUCAGGAUUGUAAGAGUCGACGGCAAGUCAGAUUUUAGGGAUGCCCGCGGGCGAUGCCGGGGCCCCGCCGUGUCGCUGUGGUUCGGGACGCGGAGAGGGGACCCGGCUGAUCCGGGGCCGGAUUCGGGUGCCGGCCCCGUUGGCGUCGCCCGGGGUCUCUGGCUGGCGUGACGGGGGUGCCUUGGAAGAGGAGAAGGAGCGCUCAGAGAAGGCGAUGGUCCGUGUAACCUGUCUAAGUCCUGCUUGCUCAGAGGUUUUUCGGUGCAGGGAGGGGUCAGUCGGGCGUGGCGUUGGCUCCGGCGGGUUCAGCCCGGGAGAGCAGGGAGCUGCCGGCGCCGCGGGUCGGGGAGCGAGAACUGCUGCAGUCUCACGUUUUUACACUACAUAAACGUCUAACCUACCUCAACUCUCAGUCAUUACAAAUUCGCACGCUUCAGACUUCUACACAAACUCGAAAUCUAUGCACAGCUCUUUACCCCUUGCUGCUGAGAGGCUGUUUCCAAGCAAAAUCUUUUCCCUUUACCCAUCCCGGCGGCCGCGCUCGUCCCGCCCCGUGCCGAAGCCGUGAGGGUCACGGAGCUCGGGGGGAGGGAUGUUUUUAAUGAGUGCGAUGUGGGGACCUGAUUUUGCAGCAGGUCGUGGCCACAAUGGUGCUAGAACAACACCUGCGGUAGAAGCCCCAGGGAGGGCUUGGCACGGGGAGCCCCGACCGGCUCCUUCGUCCCGCUUUGGUUUUUCUGGCCGCGAUGCUUUGCCUUGGGCAGGAAACGGGGGAUGCAAUUUGGAUCCCCCCCCAUCUCGAUGCUCUUGGGAUGAGGCAUGGGAAGGAGAAGGAAACCAGAAUCCCUGAGGUGCCUCAAUUGCUGAUUUUUCCUUUUAAUACUGGAGUACGCUUUGUGGGUUCUAUAAGGCAUAUUUUUAUUAAUGAAAUCUUGUAAUACAAACGGUGCUAUGGUGUUUUAACAAACUGUAUCACGCUUCUGCCUGAUUCCAUCUCGCUGAGGUGCUACUAAUGUAUAUAUCAAAUUAAGGAACCAAGAUUUAAAGAAAAAAAAAAAUUAAGCAAUGUCGUUGAGAAGGAAGUUUACUAUUCCGGAGCGACAGCUCGAGGCGUGCUGGGAGCCGGUUGGGUUUAUGCAAACUGAAAGAGGUGCCGCGUCCGAGGUGUGCCGCCGGCCAGCGCCGAGGUGGAGCCGUUCCCUGCGGGUCCGGGCACGGGUGUGGUCCCGGGAUGAGGUGAAAAUCCGGGGGGCUCAGCCGGGUGUGGUCAUGGUGCUCGGCCACAGCGCUCAGACACGUGUGUGGUCAUGGUGCUUGAAUAGGGUGCUCGGCCAGGUGUGGUCAUGGUGCUCAACCAUAGCACUUGGCCAGGUGUGUGGUCAUGGUGCUCAGCCAGGUGUGUGGUCUCAGUGCUUGGAUAGGAGCUCAGCCAGGUGUGUGGUCACAGUGCUUGGCUGCAGUGCUCGGACGCAGCCUGUGGACAUAAGUGCUCAGACAUGGUGCUCAGGCACACACAGUGGGUGUGGUGCUUGGGUGUGGUGCUCGGACACGGUGCUUGGUCACACACUGUACACGUGGUGCUUGGACUUGGUGCUCAGGCUCAGUGCUCGGCCACACAUUGUGGACAUGGUGCUCGGUUAUGGUGCUCGGCCACAGCUCAUGGAUGUGGUGUUCAACCACAGCUCAUGGACGUGGUGUUCAGCCACAGCUCAUGGACGUGGCGCUUGGCCACAGCUCAUGGAUGUGGUGUUCAACCACAGCUCAUGGACGUGGUGUUCAGCCACAGCUCAUGGACGUGGCGCUUGGCCACAGCUCAUGGAUGUGGUGUUCAACCACAGCUCAUGGACGUGGUGUUCAGCCACAGCUCAUGGACGUGGCGCUUGGCCACAGCUCAUGGAUGUGGUGUUCAACCACAGCUCAUGGACAUGGUGUUCAGCCACAGCUCAUGGAUGUGGUGUUCAACCACAACUCAUGGACGUGGUGCUUGGCCACAGCUCAUGGAUGUGGUGUUCAACCACAGCUCAUGGACGUGGUGCUUGGCCACAGCUCAUUGAUGUGGUGUUCAACCACAACUCAUGACGUGGUGGUCAACCACAGCUCAUGGACGUGGUGCUCAGCCAUAGCUCAUGGACGUGGUACUCAACCACAGCUCAUGGACGUGGCGCUUGGCCGCAGGUCAUGAAUGUGGCACUUGGAUGUGGUGCUCAGGAACAGUGCUCAGCCACACCUUGUGGACACGGUGCUUGGCCGUGGUGCUCAGUGCGGUGCUCAGACGUGACGCGUGGGCGUGGUGCUCGGUCCCAGUGCUUGGCCACAUGUGAUGGACAUGGUGCUUGACUGCGGUGCUCAGACGUGGUGCUCGGACAUUGGUGCAUGGACAUGGUGCUCGGACAUUGGUGCAUGGACGUGGUGCUCGGACGUGGUGCUUGGACACGCAUCGUGGACAUGGUGCUCGGGCACGGUGCUCAGACGUGGUGCGUGGACAUGGUGCUGCUGUGUUUGGUGCUCAGACAUGGUGCAUGGACAUGGUGCUUGACCACAGUGCUCAGACAUGGUGCUUGGACAUGGUGAGUGGACAUGGUGCUUGACCACAGUGCAUGGACAUGGUGCUCAGACAUGGUGCUUGACCACAGUGCAUGGACAUGGUGCUUGGACAUGGUGAGUGGACAUGGUGCUUGACCACAAUGCUCAGACAUGGUGCUCAGACAUGGUGAGUGGACAUGGUGCUUGACCACAGUGCGUGGACACACGGUGCAUGGACAUGGUGCUCGGGCGUGGUGCUCAGCCAUGCACCGUGGAUGUGGUGCUCAGCUGUGGUGUGUGAACAUGAUGUGUGGACAGUGCUUGGCCAGGACAUGUGGACAGUGCUUGACCGCAGUGCACGGACACAGUGCAUGGACAUGGUGCUCGGGCAUGGUGCUCAGCCAUGCCACUGUGGACGUGGUGCUCGGACGUGGUGCUCAGACAUGAUGUGUGAACGUGAUGAGUGGACAUGGUGAGUGAACAUGGUGCGUGGACAUGGUGAGUGGACAUGGUGA